CAAGUUUGUAAGAAGUUUAGUUUGACGAGGAAAGUAUAUGCAAUCAUCAUUUUGUGUAUAUAUUUUCAAUAAAUAAAAUAAAUUAAAUACAUUAUGUUAAGAUAUUUAAUUUUUAAAUUAAUAUUUGUUUAAAUAUAAUUCUCUUUAUUUGAUAUUGUAGGUAAUAAUCAGGUGUAAAAAAAAAAUGAAAAUGAAACGCAGUAGAUCUUUAUCUCCUAAAGCUUCAAGUAGUGAAGAUGAUAUGAAACGUAUUAAAUUUGAAGAAAAUGAGAAGACAAAUAAUAUAAUAAUUCAUCCACAUAUAUUAGACUUCUCAGAUGAUGUUUUGUUAAAUAUAUUUAAAUAUUUGAAUCCUAAAGAUCUUAUGGCAAUAAAUUUAUCUUGUCAACGAUUAGGCCAAAUAGCACAAGAUAAAACUUUAUGGAGAAGGGUAGAUUUUCGAGAAACACCUAUGUUAUUAAAUGACUUAAAAGAAUAUAUAAAAUUUCUUCAACCUAUAACAACAAGUCUUGCUAUGCGUGGUGAUUUAUAUUGUGAACAUGACACAGAACUUAGUCCUUGCUUUUUUAAUUCAAUUAAGACUAUAUGCACUCAAUUGAAAGAAUUGAUUAUUGAGGAAUAUUGCAUUAAUGGAGACAAGAUUCAAAUAACAGAUUUUCCAAGUACAAUAGAAAAACUUUCACUAGAAGGUUGCAAAAUGGGAUAUUUGCGUAGUAAUAAAUCAUAUUUUUUCAAAAUGAAUUUCCAUAUGCCUAAUUUAACAUGUUUAAUUCUAAGUAAUUGUCAAUGGUUUACUCCACAUUCAUUAUUGGUUAUUAGUAAAAUGCCAAAAUUGAAAGAAUUAAGGCUAAAUUCUUGUCACCGUUUAGGUGAAUGUGUAGCAUAUACUAGUUUAGCUACAAGAUUUGGAUUUAAAACAUUAGAAAUUCUUGAUUUACGAGAUACUGCACUUGGUGAUAGUGAAGUUGGAUGUUUCAGUUGUACUAAAACUUUGACACAUCUUUAUUUAGAAUGUCCUUCCAGUUUACGAAAUGCAGAAUCACCUGAUUCAGAACCUCGACCUUUACAACGUGAAGUUUUAAAUCAACUUCCUGUAUAUGAAGAUGGAAAUCUUGCACAAUUUCUUGUCGAAGAUGGAUUUCGUUGGGAAAAUUAUAUGUUUGGACGUUGUUUAAUAACAGACAGAGCAAUCUGUGCUCUUGGAAGUGAUACAUGUGACCGUAUAAUCAACAAUUCUGCAGAAGAAGUUAUAGUUGUAGAAGGAGAUAAACGAAUAUUUAAUAAUCCUCAUUUAAAAACAUUAGUUGUUAGAAAUUAUCCGCAUGUUACAAAUUCAAGUCUUGUUCACUUGGCUUUAAAUGCAUCGAAUCUCGAACACCUUGAUGUAAGUGGCACAUCUGUUACAAGACAAGGUGUUGAAACUUUUAAAUCACAAAGACCGAAUGUUAAAAUAAUUACUUCUUUUGAUGAAACAUAGUUAUAACAGAUAUCAAACGUGUAAAUUUAACA